AUGCCUUUUGGAGAGUUACGAUACGACGACACUAAUCAUGUCGAUAUAAAUUUGGAUGUUUAUGUAUUUCUUAAUUUUCUGCAGAUAAUAUGAGUUCGGGAUUUAUAACUGAGUCAGAAUUGGCCGAAGCACGCCAGCGUCGCCAGGAGGAAUGGGAGAAAGUACGCACUGCUGACCAACCACUAGAACGCCCAGAAGAGACCUACGAUAGCCGUUCCCUAUACGAUCGCUUGCAGGAGCAAAAAAUGAAGAAGGAUUUGGAAUACGAAGAGGCUCACAAAUUAAAAAAUCUCAUUCGUGGACUUGAUGACGAUGAAGUUAGCUUCCUAGAGUUGGUUGAUAAAAAUAAGAUGGACCUGGAAAAGCAACAAAUGCUUGAAGAAGAAAAAGAGCUAAAGGAGUUUCGAGAGAGAGUAACAACACUUCAGGAAGAGUCUGAAGAUAAGAAACUGCAUUAUGAGUUAAAAGCAAAAGCACGUGCCCAAACAUCCGCAUCAAGACCAUCACAGAAAUCUCUGUUAGGCAUUGGCAUAAAACGGAAGAACGGGGAAACUCCAUCCAUAGCCGAAUUGAACGAAAGCAAACUGCCAAAGACAGCUAACGAGGAAAAACCAAAGUCACAUGCAGCGAAAGUCGACAAAAAGUUUGCCGCCAUAAGCGUAGAUUCGUUGGAUAAGGGACACUUCAAAUGCGUUGCUAUUUUGCCUGGGUUAGGUCCGUACAAUGAGUCUAGCGAUUCGGAAAUAAGUAGUGGCAGCGAGGACGAACCCAAUGGCUGCAAUGACAAAUGUACUUAUGAUCUAGUGGGACGCAAAAAUGAAAAGAAAAAACAUAGUAACGGAGAGAACUAAAUUCAUCUGCGUAGAAUUAAAUCGAAGCGUUGUUAGAUUAUAACAUAUUUUUUAUUCUUCAGCUUGUAAAACUUAUUCAAAGAUAUAAAUCUGUCAAAAAACUACAAA